AUGUUUAAUUUUUUAGGGAAUAAAAAUAAAUAUAAUACACCAAAAUAUCGUCUUAUUGUUGGAAUAACAAAUAAAGAUAUUAUUUGUCAAAUUGCUUAUGCACGUAUUGAAGGCAACUAUAUUGUAUCAUCAGCAUAUGCACAUGAAUUACUACGUUAUGAUGUUAAACUUGGUUUAAACAAUUAUGCUGCUGCUUAUUGUACCGGUACGACGGAUGUUACAGGUGAUGAAUUUGAAAAUGAACCAGUUGAUGGUGAAAAACAUCCAUUUCGUUGUUAUCUUGGUGUUGCUCUAACACGUAGAACAACCGAUGCUAAAGUUUUUAGUGCAUUAAAAGAUGCUGUUGAUGGUGGAUUAGAUAUUCCUCAUAGUACUCGACAUUUUCCAGGUUACAGUCGAGAAGGAAAAAAAUUCGAUGCUGAUGCUCAUCGUCAAUAUAUAUUUGGUCUACAUGUUGCCAAUUAUAUAACAGCACUUAAAGAAGAAAAUUCAGAUCUUUAUGCCAAACAAUUUUCAUGUUUUGUUACAGCUGGUAUUGAACCAAGCUCGUUUGAAGCUCUAUAUAAAGCUGUACAUGCUGUUAUUCGUGCUGAUCCAUCAUCACCAUCACCGAAGAAAGCUGAUACAGUUAAAUCAAAAUGGUAA